AGAUAAGUAAUUUAAUAUUACUUUAAAUACUGCUGCCAGCUGCAGCUGUGCAGAUAUAUCUGCAGUCUGCAGAUAUAUCUAUAUAGAUAUCUGUACAGCAUGUACCUUUUUCAUUUAGGCGAUUUUUUGUUUCGAAGGUGUUCGACGCUGAAGUUGAAAGCGUAAUGUUUUGACUAUUAUAAAAAUCGCGGCAGAAGCGCAGUAGUGGAAAUGUGUGUCAUCUUUAUCGCUAUAAAUAAAGAUCCAGCUAAAAAUCCGUAUCGCAUUUGCUUGGCUUCGAACCGCGACGAAUAUUUCGCCAGACCGUCACUGCGCAUACACCGAUGGGAUGAACCGUACGGAACUAUUAUUGGCGGAAGAGAUGGACAGCACGGUGGGACGUGGCUAGCGAUCAACACUGAUAACGGACGGAUAGGCGUCCUACUAAAUCUUCGCGACAGAGAUAUGCUGUCUGUUCAGAAUACCGAGAAAACCAGUCGGGGAACCCUUGUGCCUAGUUAUCUGACAUCAUCAUUAAGCACUGAAGAUUUCAUCGAGAACUUGAAAAUGACUGCACACUGUUAUGAUCCUUUUAUCCUUAUUAUGCUGGAAGCGGUUACAGACGGUAACUACGACGGAUACUGUUUUUCCAACAAUAAAUCCUACGUGAAGAAAUUCGCCUGGGACGAGCAGCAGUCCGAAGUUUUUGCUGGCUUUGGGAAUUCCCAUCCCGAUAAUCCGUAUCUCAAGGUGAAAAACGGGCUUGGUCAGUUUAUAAAUAUUGUCAACACAACGCCGGCCACAACGGUGCCCCUUGUCCAGCCCAUCGGGGACCGUUUUACUGAUGCGCUGUUGAAAUUUCUUUCCUGCACGGAUCGUCAUUUUCCGGAUGAAACGCUAGUCGCAUGCUUUCCCGUUGGCUUCCCGGACGAGUUCCUGGCGGCGUUGAGUUCCCUGAAUGUUCAGGCGUAUGAGAAAGGUUACGGCACGCGGGCGCAGACGCUGUUGUUAGUGGAUUUUGAGCGAAAUUGUUUCAUGUUAGAGAAAGAAAUUAUUCCUGUUAUCAGCGAGUUGGAAACUAGUGACGUUUCUCACGUUGGAGAGCGUACGACAGAAUCGUCUGCCAUAGUGUCGAUGAAUGUUGCUCUUAAUUGCUCCUCCAGCAAUCUUGGUAGCGCUGGGACUGCUGACGUGAAAAUUUCUGAACCUUUAUAGUUUAUAGCUAUUGUUACACCUUAGCCGUUUGUGAUACAAUUAUGUGAUUACCGAGAAAAAUUAUUAAAGACACAAAUACUUUGUA